UCAAUUGAUAAACCACCAGGACCAUGAAGUUCCUAGCUGCCAUCUCCGCCUCUCUGGCCCUUGCCGGGUCUGCUACCGCCUCUCCGUCGCCCAAGACCUUCGGCAUCAUGUCUCUGCGCUCUGCCAGCCCAAUCCAUUUCGGCCGUGUCGAUGCCUCCCAGAGCAACAUCUUCCUCAACUAUGGGGACCAGGGUGCCAUCUGCCGGGUCAAGCCAGGCGGCCAGAAGCCUAGCGAUGCCAUCUUCUAUCUCAAGGAUAGCAUCCUCUACCUCUAUACCGGAUCAAACCCGACACAAAAGGUCUUCCUCGACCGUUCUGGCUUCGGACAAGGGAAGAUGGGAUACUUGACCGGCGAUGGCCCCCUUCCACCACGCUUCGAGGUCGAGGGCUGGACCAUCGACCAAUCUGGCAACCUCAGCUUCAAGGGCAAAGGCUUGCUCGCCUGCCCAAGCUCUGAUCCUCACAUCACUUUCUGGACCGUCUGGGUUGAUGCUGGUAUAAUUAACCCAGGCGGAAACAAGGGCUGCCUGGGCUUCUCUGCUCGCACUAUACCGACAAAGCCUGUCCCUUGCAAGUACAGCUAG